AUGCCGAAACGGCCAGAGGGAGUGCCAUGGCCACUGGCGGCGUUGAUUGUCGUGGGCAACAUCUUGCGGUCGUGGAUAUCGAUGAUUUUCACGUGGUACAAGAAACCGCGACAGGAAGACAAAUUACGGACAGCUCUGCAAAAUGCCAAUACCUUCCCUGAGUGGCGGCGAGCAGCUUUCGCCCUCGACCACCGGAAGGAGGCGUACAACUGGCGUGUGAACUCUGUGGACAAGUCGUAUGACUACUUGCGCCUCGAAGAACGACGACAAAUGCUAUACCGACUGCGUAUGAAAGGCGACGCCGUCGCCGUGGCAGAACUCCUCCGAACAGGCUUCUUGAGGAAUCUAUUCGGGAUCACCAAGCUCAGUCUCUUUCGCAAGACGUACAUCACAACCAAGGACUGCAUCCAGGCUUAUAUCGAGGAGACGAUUGCGUGUAUAAGAUUCGUUGUCGAAAGUCCCCCUACGAUUACAUCUCGUGCUGGCAGGUUGUCUGCUCAGGAUAAACUCGAACUUCUGGAGAACGGUCAGCGGAUGGUCGGCAGCACUGCUCUUGUGAUGGAGGGGGGCUCGGUGUUUGGGCUCUGUCAUCUUGGCGUGAUGAAAGCGUUGUUCGAGCAUAAUCUCCUCCCUCGAGUCAUCGUUGGCACUGCGACAGGAGCCGUCAUGGCUGCCCUUAUGAGCGUCCAGACCACCGAAGACCUUCCCGCCUUUCUCUCCGGUAGGACGAUCGAUCUGUCCGCUUUCUCCGAGUCUUCGCUCCGCGCGCGAGAGAAACGCAUGGCCGAACACCAAAGCUUUUUGCACAAUUGGACCGCAACUCUCUGGCGACGCACAAGUCGUAUCCUCAACACAGGCUUCGUACUAGACCCGGAAGUCCUCGCCGAGUGCAUCUACGCCAACAUCGGCGACACAACCUUCCAGGAAGCCUUCGACAAAACUGGUCGUGUUCUCAACAUAAUCGUUACCUCACCUUCCGACGACAUUCCAAACCUUCUCAACUAUCUCACCGCCUCGACCUGGCUCAUUCGGUCCGCUGCCAUGGCUUCUCACCUCACCAAUCUCGAUCCCAACUCGGAAAUUCAACUCCUCAAAAAGGACGCUCAUGGAAAUCUCGUCCCCAUUCCCGUCCGCCCUGCUUCAUCUCAUAUAGGCCGAGCCAGACCUCGAUCCGACCACCCACCACUCUCUCGACUCCGCCAACAAUUCAAUAUCGAUCACUUCCUCGUCUCCCAAGCCCGUCCUUACCUUGCACCAUUUACUCUCCCCUCGCUUCCCUCCAUCCGCCCAGCCGACGCUCCGAAAUCUUACCUUCCCAAAUUCCUCCUGCCAUCCGUUCCCUUCGUCGCCAAUACACUACUCUCCGCUCUCUCGUCCCUCAACAUCCUCCCCAACUCCAUAUCCCGCGUCCGCUCUGACCAGUCCUUCCCCGCGGACACUCUCACCUUCGUCCCGGAGUUCGGAGCACUAGACGUGAAAGACUUGGUGAUGAAGAACCCCACGCGGGAAGACUUGGUGGCUUGGAUUGGACGGGGAGAGAAGGCGGUUUGGCCGUCGCUUUGUGCUGUGCAGGUCAGAUGUGCAGUGGAAAAGGCGCUCGAGGGAGGAUUGGAAGCGGCGAGGAGGAGGGGUGGGAGACCGGGCGGUGGGAGUGGGGAGAGUGGUAUGAGGGCUAGAGGGGGCGGGAGUCGAGGUGGGGCGUUUGAUUGGGGGCAGGAGUGA